CAUUCCUUAUAAGCUUUUAUGCAGUGCCGGAAGUCUCAAAAGAUAAUCAAAGUAGCUUUUUUCUUCUGAGCUGGAAACUGCAUAGCAAUGGCGUUAAGUUACACGGACUCGAUGAACUUGAAGGUUAGGGCAUUGUUGAAGGAGGUCCAGCUCGAACACUCCCCUGAAAUCACUGCAACCGUCGACAAGUUCGUCUCCGCCAUCAAAGAAUCAAUUGAUAAGAUCCCUGAGGACCAGGUUACGGCUGACUUGGCUCCAGGGUUUGUUAGAGACAUCAAUGCUGAUAAGGUGGAAUUCACGUUUAAGAAGCCAAAAUCUUUAGAAGUUUGUGGGAGUUAUUCUAUACAAUGCGUUACCAAACACGAUCUAAAUGUGGAUCUUUUUCUUCACUUGCCAAAGGAGUGCUUUUAUGAAAAAGAUUACCUAAAUUAUCGAUACCAUGCCAAAAGAUUCCUUUAUCUCUGCAAAAUCAAGGAGCAGCUGACAAAAUCUCCAUUAAUCAAAGCUGUGAGGUGGUCUAGUUUCCAAAAUGAGGCUCGGAAACCUAUAUUACUUAUCUAUCCAGCUGUUAAGCUUAUUGGAAAUGCUGAAUUUGUUGUGAGGAUAGUUCCUACUGCAACAUCUUUGUUCAGUGCAGCAAAACUUCGGCUGGAGCGAAACAAUAUCCAUACUCUCAAACAAGGAGAUGCUUUACGAGCAACACCCAGGUACAAUAAUAGUAUAUUGGAGGACUUGUUUCUUGAGGAUAAUGCAGAAUUUGUCAAAAAAACUUUCUCUGGAUGGAAAGAAUUGGGGGAAGCCUUGAUACUGCUAAAAGUGUGGGCUCGGCAAAGGAGUUCAAUCUAUGCCCAUGAUUGCUUGAAUGGGUUUCUAAUCUCUAUAAUAUUGGCCUUCCUUGCAACAAAACCUGGUAGGCAUCAUAUAACCAGUUCCAUGAAUACAAUGCAGAUAUUUCGCAUCACAGUGGACUUCAUUGCCACCUCUAAGACAUGGGAUAAAGGGCUUUUUAUUCAGCCCCAGCAUGAAAAAAAUGCUUCAAACAAGGAUAUGCAGUUGUUUCCUGUGGUCAUUUGCAAUUCAUUUGAGGACUUCAAUUUGGCAUUCCGCCUGUCGCACAAUGGUUUCCAAGAGCUGCGUAAAGAGGCUGCUUUGGCAGUUAAUUGCAUCAAUAAAUGUGAAGAUGGUGGUUUUGAUGAGCUUUUUAUCACAAAGAUUGACUUUCCAGCUAGAUAUGACUACUGUGUGAGGUUAAACUUGAGGGGAAACAGUGAAGUUUCAAGCUCAGGAUUCUGCUUAGAUGAUGAAUUUUGGAGAUCUCAGGAGCAGAAGGUACUCUCCCUCAUGGACCAAGGGUUUGGAGACAGAUCUAACUCUGUUCGUGUUAUUUGGAGAAACAUUCCAUCUGAAUGCAACUUUGAAGAGGGACUGUCAGAGCUAGACAAUGAGCCGUUGCUUAUUGGGAUUUCUGUCAACUCUGCAGAGGCAGCCUUUAAAAUGACUGUCGUAGGUCCUAGCCCUGAGGAAAGAGAUAAGGCUUUAGAAUUUCGGAAGUUUUGGGGAGAAAAGGCGUCUCUUCGACAGUUUCGUGAUAGUAGAAUAGCUGAAGUUGCAGUAUGGGAACAUGAGGAGUGGCAAAGGCAUCUCAUCAUAAAAGAUAUUGCUGAGCAUGUUUUGUCUAGGCAUCUUUCCAUACCCAAAGAAAAGAUCAUUCCUACUGUGGAUCAACUUGAUUUUUGUCUCCUCCACAGGGAUGUAGAUCCUAUAUCAUUCUCAAAAAGUUUGCUGGUGGCACUUGAAGAGCUGUCAAAGCGUUUGCUUCAGCUUAAUGACAUUCCACUAAAGGUGUCGACUGUGCAAGCUCUGGACUCAGCUGCUAGGUUGACAUCUGUCUUCCCGCCCAUGCCUCAUCCUCUGGCACACGAGAAGGGUGUUCAGAUAAAACCAAGGAAACCUGUUUCAACCUGUAUAAAUCCAGUUGAAGUUAUGAUUCAGCUUGAAGGAUCUGGAAAUUGGCCAAUGGACGAAAUUGCAAUAGAGAAGACAAAAACUGCGUUUCUUCUUAGAAUUGCUGAGAGUCUGCAGAACAAUUGGGGGAUGGAGUUUACAGCUACAGAAGAUGAUGUAGAUGUUCUAAUGUCUGGCUAUGCAUUCCGCCUUAAAAUUUCUCAUGAAAGGGCUCUAGGUUUGGUGACUGGGCAAAGUAAUAAUAGUCGACAAUGGAGCCUCUCUGCUGACAGAAAACUUCUUCUCCGACAGCAACAUGCGAGCAAGAUUAAUGCUUUAAGGGGUCGUUAUCCCAUAUAUGGACCAAUAGUUCGGCUAGCUAAAAGAUGGGUCUCCGCACACUUAUUUUCCACGGUGCUGACAGAGGAGGCAGUUGAACUGUUGGUUUCAAAUCUUUUCUUGAGACCUUUGCCAUUUGAACCUCCUUUCUCCCGAAUAACAGGAUUUUUGAGGUUCUUACGAUUAUUGUCGGAAUAUGAUUGGGCCUUUUCUCCCUUAAUCGUUGAUUUUGAUGGCGACUUUUCAACUGAGGAGAAAAAUAAAAUUAAUGAGAAUUUCAUGACAAGUCGAGAAGAGCAUGAAAAGGACACACAGAAUUUAAGUCCUGCAAUGUUCUUAGCUACUAAAUAUGACAUCGCAUCUGAAGCAUGGACAAGAUCCUCACCAACUACAGCAGACCUAAGAAGACUGGUGGCUUAUUCAACUAGCAGUGCAAAUUUGUUGACCAAACUGAUUUCGCAAGAUGGAUAUGAUUCUUAUGGAUGGAAAUGUCUUCUCCGCACGCCUCUGAGCAACUAUGACGCUGUUGUUCUUCUCCACAGGGAUAAAUUGCCCUAUCCCGAGCAUCUUCUCUUCCCAUCCGAACUUGAACAAGAGCGGUGUGUGGUGCGUGGGCGUGCAACCAAGGUUUUCCAUCCAUUCUUUUCUCCUGGAGACUUCAAAGUGAACUCUGGGGAAUUGAAAAAUAAGCUGAUGGUGAAUUUUGAUCCAGUAAGGUGCUUUAUUUCUGAGAUCGAGAGAGGAUUUCCCGAUGAGGUCAAGGUGUGGUAUGAUGCUGUGGGUGGUGAUGCUCUUGGUCUUACAUUAGGAAAAGCAAGUUCAAAGAAACGGAAGCAUGAUGACUCCACAGAGAGCAAGGAUCUCCUGAGUACGCUAAAAACCAUAGGCGAGGCUGGGAAAGGCCUUGUUAGAAGUAUUCAUGUUGUCAAGGCCCGAAAAACAUAAUACUUAAAAUGUUCAAAAGAACGUUGCCAGUGUUGGUGUAACUCUAUGUACACUAUGCGUAUUAUUAAGGUUACUGUUGGCUGGCAGGGAGCUCUUCAAAUUUUGCAGCACAACUUUUGUAUAUGUGUAGUUCUCCAGUCGAAGAGUCAGCCAAUAGCCACCUGUAUUUGUAUUGAGAAAUUCAUUUUAUUCUUUGAGAAAAAGAAGAGA